AACGCUAAUGGCAGCUAAAGCAGGUAUCGCGGAAAAGAAUGAUGGUCCGGAGUUUGAAAAGCCUAAUACAACUGUUGCUGAAGGUGAAGCAGUUGUCGCCAGCACACAACCCACAGUGCCGACACCGGCAAAAAAUGAAGGUGGAGGACGUAAACGGAAACGCCACCUUUUUAAUGCAAUUCGCGGCCAGAUGGAGUUUUAUUUUGGCGACGCCAAUCUCAGCAAGGAUCGCUUUUUACGUCGCUUUAUAGAGAAGGAUCCAUAUGUGCCGCUGGAAAUAUUUCUGACAUUCAACAAAAUCAAGACACUUACUCAGGAUGUGCAGCAAAUAUCAACGUCGCUGUCCAAUUCUCAAUUGCUGGAAUUAGACGAGAGUGGACUCAAAGUCCGCCGGAAGACUGCGCUGCCGGAGCACCGGGACGUCAACAAUAAAACCCUUUAUGUUGAAGCUCUGCCGGCAACUGCAACACAUGACUGGCUCAAAGAAGUUUUUGGCCGCUAUGGCACGGUCAGUUAUGUAUCAUUGCCACAUUAUCCGGGCACGCGAAAGAUCAAGGAAUUUGCUUUUAUCGAAUUUGAGAAGAGCAGCUCCGUGGAGAAGGCUCUGAAGGCAUAUUCUCAAAUCCAGGGCGUUCUAUCCGUGGAGCACACGGACCCCAGUGAUUUAGCUAGCAUACGGUCCUUCCAGCAGCAACAGCUCCAGCAAAGAAAUAAGACUAGUUUGGAUGGGCAAGAAUCCGCAUCGGAAACAAAUGUUGUAGUCAAGCAGCCAAGCAAACGUGAAGCCGAUAAGGAAGGUAUACAGGAAACCGUGCCAACCAAAAGGGCCAAACUUAACACGUUAAAAGAUCAUUGCGAAGCAUCCGCUAGAGAAUUGUCUAAAGAGGAAAUUUCUCAGCAAAGUGACAAUAACAACGAGGAACAAAACGAGGCUACGAGCCAGAAGCGCCGUCGUAAGCAAAAGAAGCGACUUCUUGCAGACAAACUUAAGCCAAACAUUGAGCCCAGCGCGUCGGAAUUAAAAAUAUUGCCCAAGACUAGCUGGUGCAGCCUUCGCAACAAGUAUCUCAAUUUGCAGCGGCGCUUAAUUAGUGAAGCCAAGAGCAAACUCUGGCGCACUUCACAGGCGCAACAACCAAUGCACAAGUGCACAGUUAUGAGCUCGCAGUUGCAAGCACAGCAGCAGCAGUUGAUAGAGGUGAAGGGUAUCUGUACCAGCGGUACCAGCAGUGGACACGAAGAGCCAGAACAGCUUAACGAUCCUGGGGAUGUAUCCGAAGUGCCGGUGCCGCCCAAGCGCCGAAAGCGCAACAAAACUGCUGGCGUUCAUAAAAUGAAUAUGAAUUUUUAUGGCGCGGGUGGCAACGAGGCGGACGAAACUAAAUUGGCGGGUCGAGCUGAGGAUGCGGCACAGGAACGCCCGCCGCUUUUUAAGUACCAACCGGGUCUCAUUGUCGAGUGCUCACUCCACGAACCGUGCGUUAACGUAAAGGACUUCAAAGCCGACAUGCGUCAAUACGCGGACAUCAAGUAUGUGGACAUUAAAGAGGGCGACCAGGUGGCGCAUUUACGUUUGGUUACACCAAAUGCCGCUGAAGAGUUGGUGCGUCAGCUCAACUGUGCUGAAAUUCAGCUCAAAGUGUUGCGCGGCCAGCCAGAAACGCAAUACUGGCGCAAAAUCGAACAGGAUCGCGAAGCCAAAUUGUCUAAGAAGGUGCGUGUGCAGCAGAAACGCGGACGUGAAAAAGUCGCUAAGAUGUUGGCCAAGCACAUCAAGUUUGAUGAUGCAGUCGACGAGGUGAUCAACGACCCGACCACAAGUGCCAGCAUUCCAUCAGAUAAUUAAUGUAAUUAUAAAGUAUUACAA